CCUGCUCGUUCGCACACAACAACCCACGUGUCCUCAUCACCAUCCAUCACCAUCAAUCACCACCACCACCACCGCCCGUUCAUUGCCCCCUGAUACUUCACGACCACUAGCCCGCAACACACACACACGCACACACACAUCAGUAUUAGCCAAGAUGGCGACGUUUGUGUGUUCGCUGGAGGACAAACCGCUCGGGAAGAAAGGGUACCUGCUGCACGCGGCGUGCUCGGGACCGCACAUUGCAGUAGCAGGGACGUCUCCCAACAUUGCCGUGCACAACGUGGAAACGCAGCAGCGCCUGGUGCUGAAAGGCCAUGAGGCCGACGUGGUGGGGCUGAGCUUCGACCCAGCGUCACCAGCACACCUGUGGUCUGCCAGCCGCGACGGAACCGUCAAGUGCUGGGACAUUGCAGAGAAGACAUGCGUGCGCACCGUGACCGUUCCGGAUGACAGCACCCCGUCAAGCUUUGCGCUGAGCUCGGAUGGAGCGUGCUUCGCCGUCGGCUGCGAGUUGAACCACAUGCGGGACGCGCCCGUGUACAUCUUUGCCGGAGGCCUCCAGGGGCCCGACAGCCCGCUCGUGUCUCUCAAGAACUGCCACAGCGACGACGUUGUCUACAUUGCGGCCUCAGAUGCCACAGCGCAGAGUGGCAGUGGGGAGGCGCUGCACCGCUUCGCCACAGCAUCCACGGAUGGCCUGUGCAACGUCAUUGAUGCAGACGCGUGCCUUGAGUACGCACAGCGCCGCGGCGAUGGCGUACAAGGAGGCGCACUGGAGAAGGGUGAGCAGGACCAGGCAGACGGGGACUUUGAUGAUGCCAGUGUCAUUGUUGUCACCAUCAAUGCAGACCACUCUGUGAAGCGAACCGGGUUCUUCGGGCCGGCGCAGGAGUACGUGUACUGCAUUACACACGACGAGACGCUGUCGUUCUGGCGCGUCCCAGACCGCAAGGCGAGCGACAUGGACAUUGAUGACCAAGACGAGAACAACAGCGACGACGAUGACGACAACGACCUUGUCUUCCAGCUUGAUGAGCCGCGUGCCAUCCUUGUGGCUGCGGGGCUACCCACCGAUUAUCUGAUUGACUGCUUCUACGAUGCUGCAUCUGGGCGCUUGUUUCUUGCUUCCGGCAGCGACGACGGCCACGUCCACAUCUCGCACAUUGGACAGGGUCAACUGGUGCCGCUUUGUGCGCUGCCUCACGUCCACAAGGACCGCGUACGGAGCUUCAAGUGGAUGCCCGAGGCUGGCGGAGCUCUUGCAACGACGGGGGAAGACGCAACCAUGUGCAUCUUCACAUCGUGACGGCGUGCCCACCGCCACCAUUGAGUUGAUGUUGUGUCAAUACAGGCGCGGGCGCGUGUGCACAGCAAGCAUUGUGCAUGUCAUGUUGACUGAUUGUGAUGGAUGAUUGAUGUGGGGAGGAGGGUUCUGUAAUGCUUCAAAACGGGUGGUUUUGUUUGGUGGGUCAGUCAAGUGUGCAUGCGCAUGCAUGCGUCCACACCACGCUAACAGUGGGGAACAAAGCAAUUGCCAUUUCCAGGAAGCAAGUAGAACCAAUGAGAAGCGG